AUGAAGGUUUUAUGUAGGUUGGUGAGGCAAGGCGCCAUGUUUGUCGUUGAUCGUCCUAAGGUCCUGGAGUUGUUCAUUUACACCAGAGAUAAAUGCGAAGUGGGAGACGAAUAUAAAAAGAUCUUAUAUUUCUUUCCUAACGAAAAAUCACUUGAUGAUAAGCUGAAUUCUAUUGGAUUAUCUGAAGCUAUUGCAACUUUUACAAAUUCUUUCAAUUCACCAUGUACAUCAAUACGUACGAAAAAUACGAAAAGACUUUUCAAAAGUUUAACGCCCAGUAUACAAAUUGUAAUUGUUAUUUCAGUACCGUCUAUUGUGAGUUCAGCAAAUGAUAAUCUAGUUGAAAAUGAUUAUUUACACAAUGAAAUUAUUGAUUCAGUUUUGUCUAUUGCCUGUGAAACUUUUGAACUGUUCCAUGGAAAGGUUACUGAGAUCGUUAAAACUUAUGAUUAUGAAAUAUUAAAGGCUAAAUUAGAGCACUUCUUUUCUCGAUAUUUACGUACUAUGCUUUUCGAAUACUGUGAUAUAUUGGAUUGUUUCAACGGAAUUCAAUUUAUAUCGAUUGAACCAACUGAUUUUGGUCGUGUUCAUGGCCUUCUUAACAGGAUUGGAUAUAGUUUUAAUUGUACCGAACAUUCAGCGUUUUUCUUUGAAGGCAGACUUAUAUAUUCUACUUUGGAUCUAACCUAUGUUCGUCAUAUUUAUCACUAUUUAAAUUCAUUUCUAUUUAUUGAGCAACCAGAUUUAACGCAUGCGACUACUAUGAAAACAAAAUCUAAACAUUUAGGAAGAUAUCUUGUUGGUCCAAAGGACUUAUCUGAUUUGUCGCUGCAAAUUAAAUGUCCAUUAAUUUGUACCCCAGGUUCCCACUUACCCAAUUGUCAAUUAAUCACCUAUCAGGCUUUAAGAGCUAUUCUUUGUUUACUUAUUAAAGAAUAA